AUCGGAUAUAGAGUAUUAAUCAAAAUAUGUAUUUUCUCUGUUUUUUGAAAAUCCUCUGAAAAUGUCGACUCUCUUCACUGCGACAGCUCCUUCCCACCACCGUUUCGUCUCUCCUUCCCAACAUCCGAGACCGAACAUUCCAUCUCAGCCGCUAAGCAUCGCCUUCUCGGAGAAUCCGGCACCGGCGGCUGUCACAUUGCAGCAGCAGCAACAUGUGACAGAUUGGGUGGCUUCUCCGGUGACGCGACGGUUCGGAAUCAGCGUCGGAUUUGCCUGGGCGGGAUUUCUCGCUUUCGGCGUUGUCUCGGAGCAGAUGAAGUCACGACUCGAUUUGUUCCCGGAAGACGCUAACACAAGAGAUUUAGAAAAGCAACAAGAGAUCGUCUUACCAAAUGGCAUAAGGUACUAUGAUGUACAAGUUGGAAGCGGAGCUAGUCCAAGCUCAGGAUACUUGGUAGUGUUUGAUGUAAAGGGACAAGUACAUGGAACCGAACAAGUGUUUGUCGACACAUUUGGAAGCAAAUACAACAACAAGAAGAAGUCACUGGCGAUGGUAAUGGACUCAAGACCAUAUAGCAAGGGACUAUGCCAAGGCAUAGAAUAUGUUCUGAGGUCAAUGAAAGCUGGUGGCAAACGUAGAGUGAUCAUUCCACCGUCUUUAGGAUUUGGAGACAAAAAUGUCGAAUUCGGAGAGGGUUUGCAGAUUCCUCCAUCUUCAACACUUGAGUAUACCAUCGAGGUUGAUACAGUCUAUUGUUUCCAAACUAUUGUAUGAGAGAUUAUGAAGCAAUUAGUGUGUACUCUUUAAAGUUUCACAACGUUUUGCUUGUGCAGAAUAAUCAAAGCACAUGUGGUGUUUCGUGUAUAUCUUCUUUAUAUGAGU